AUGCCGGAGGACAGGCCGGUGGCUACAGAGAGGAGCCGUGUCCCGGAACUCUGCCGCUACCGGAGCAAAGGCAGCUCGCUGAGAGGCGCCGGCCCGCAGCCCCUCUCCUUCGCUCACUGCGGCUUGUUUGGGGACCCCCACCUCAGAACCUUUCGGAACGAGUUUCAGACCUGCAAGGUAGAGGGAGCUUGGCCCCUGAUCGACAACGUCUACCUGUCUGUACAGGUCACCAAUGUACCGGUGGUAGAGGGCUCCAGCGCCACAGCCACUAGCAAGAUUACAAUCAUAUUCAAGAGCUUUCAGGGCUGCACAGAGCAGAAGGUUUAUCAAGCAACCACAGAUGACCUUCCGUCAGCGUUUGUGGAUGGUACGACAGGUGGUAGUGAGAAGGAAGGUGAGAACAGCCUGAGAAUACUUGAGAAGACGGGCAGUGCCCAGGUGGAAAUUCAAGCCUACUAUAUUGGCAUCACCAUCAUUGUGCGCCAGGUGGGUGACUACCUGACCUUUGCCAUCAGGGUCCCCGAAGAGACUUUGAACUACGCGGAUGAGAACAUGUGCCUGCAGCUCUGCCCCCAUAACGAGCUUAUCAAGGAGCACAUGCUACCCAGGAGGCCAUCUGGUGCCAGGCUGCAGCGCCCCCGCCAGGCAUACAUUGUGGAAAGCGCAACAGCCAAGUGCCGGGAGAUCCUCCAGGUGGAGGACGUGUACUUCCAGUCCUGUGUCUUCGACCUCCUGACGACAGGGGACCCGGCAUUCUUCAUGGCCGCCCAUGGGGCCUUGGAGGACCUGAAAGCACUGCACCUCAAUGUUCUCAAAUUGCGCAGUUCACCCAGGACUGAGGAGGGUCGGAAUGGAGCUCCAUCCUGUCACCAGACAGCCCUCACUUACCUGGCAUGUCUUGUCUUAGCAAUAACCCUCAUGUAGUGAAUGUGUAUACCCACAGAAUGCAAAUUGUCUAUAUAAUAAUAUAUUGAAGUGUACAUAUGUGAAAAUGAUGUGUAAAGUGCCUGUACAUAUAGUUGUAUUGUAUGAAUUGUAUGUU